CGGCCAUCGAACCAAACGAGGAACAGCCGUCGUUGUUGUUCGGUUUGUUGCAGGAAGAGAAAUCAUUUUAGCAGAAAGAGAAACGUCUCUUAAAGAUUCUUGUUUCCAGUGAGAAGGUUCAUCUACUUAGCGGCACUUGUGUGUUCUAGAUCGGUCGUCAUGACAACCAGGCGUGGAUUAAUAACCGAUUCGUUCAAGGUGGUGAAGAAAGCACGGACAGCUGAGAAGCAGGAGAAGACGCCAAGUCCUCCACCUUCACAGAAUGAGGAUCAAACUGAAACAAUCCGAGAGGAGGAGCUGCAGAAGCUCCAACAGUUCGACCUGGACUGGAGAUUUGGGCCAUGCACAGGUAUCAGCAGACUGGAGAGGUGGGAGAGAGCAAAGCUUCAUGACCUAAACCCACCUGAGGAGAUCAGAGAGCUGCUGCAAAUGUGCACUGACCCUGAAUACAGCCAGAGUCUGUGGAGUGAAUAUCCUUUCUGAGGAAGACAGAAGAAAGAAGACAAGAUACCAGACCUUUAUUUCUGAUAAAACCUCGAGAAGAAAAGAAAAGGAAACACUAAAAAAACAAGGCAUUGCAUUGGACUUGAAUGGUAUUGGAUAAACAGACUAGAUGUACGGCGAAGAGCAUGAACCUAGUUGUAUGUCCAGAAAAAUGCUCAAGAUGUAAUUUAGUUAAAGGUUAAACCCUUGAUCCUAAUAAUCACAAUUAACACCAAAUAUGUGCACAUAUCUCAAAAAGAAGAAAAGCGUUAACACUCCCUCCAAAAAGGUAGAGGAUGGAUGUCUCCAAGCGAAGAAUACGUCUCGAUUUUCUUCAGUCAACUGGGUAUCAAUCAAACUGGACUCAUCAUGACACUUUAGAAUAUUAUCACGAGCAGUGAAAGCUCGUGUUCGAUAACACUAAUAGAUGAGGGCAACACCAAAGGCAAAUACCACAGAAAUUCAUGAUCUAAGAUUGAUAGAAUGUCCCUUGACACAAGACACUGUGGUAAGCUCCUUGGCGAAGGGAACUUCUGAGAGUCCAUGCUCCAUGACUAAUAGAUCAGUAAACCAUAUCCUUAAUGAACCAUUUCAGAGAGAAAUACAAUUAUUUUCCAUUUCCAGAGCAGAACAAAGUCACAGCAUGUCGGCUUUAUUGGACUGAAUCUGUUGUAUUUGAUGUGUUUUGGUGUUUUAGCAAAACCUGAAUGUUGCUAAUUUGUCUGCUGGAUUGAAUUCAGUGGUAUUUGUCAUGUUGUUAUUACUGAUUCUGUAACUUUUAUGCAAAUUGUUAUCUACCAAACACUUCCACUGGUAGUAGAAAAAGCAUUUCCAGGAGAUAAAUUUGGCAGCCGACUUGGAAAAAUAACUGGCAUCUUUAAUCAGACAAAUUUAAUGUGUCAGGUUUUGUGCUCAUUACCGGCACUUCAUUGUUUUUUUUCAAUCAUGCUUGACUGUUUUGAACUCUACUUACCACUAGUAGACUUGUGUUUUGUUUUUGUUUUUUACUUUAAUUAGGCAUUUUAUACCAUUUUUUAUUAGAAGUUUCACUUUUGGGUUAUGGAGAAAUUUUCUGAUGUUAUUAAAAAGAUUUACACUGACAUGUACA